AUGUCUGGCAAGCUCGACCAGUCUCUUGACGAGAUCCUCUCGACCCAGCGCCGCUCCGCCGGCGGACCCGGUCGCCGCUCUCAGCGACGAUCCACUGGUGGUCGCCCUGCGGCCGCAGCCCCAGUCGGCGGUGUUCAGAAGACAUCGAAGCCUGCGCGCGCCGCCGCAAACAAGCCUAAUGCCGCCAAGCCCGCGCAAGGCACUGGUGACAGCAAGGUCAUCGUGAGCAACCUGCCCAAGGAUGUCAACGAGCAACAGAUCAAGCCCUCGGACUUUGUUCGACAUGUUAUUUCUCGCCCGUCCUCCUUCCCAACCGGCGUCGUAGCGAGAUCAAACCCUGCGUGGCCAUUGCCACUUGCCAAGACGCCGCAAGACUCCUUCCUCGACACUGCGAUCCUGAGAUACGGCGCAGAAACCAUAGGAAGUUGA